UGAAAGUUAGAAAGUUAUUUACAAGAGAAGCACUAUAAUUUGGCGGAUGUUGUGACAUCCGGUUGUUGCAGGGCACUGUUUACAAGUUGAAAGAAAAUGGAUUGAAUGUGAUAUGUACAGUUGUCUGUUUUUAGUUAUAUUGUGUUGGGUGCCAACCGUUGGAAGGUUAUAUCUAUUUAAGGGUACUUGGGACCCUUAUGACAGUAAAUAUGGCCAGUUUUCUGAACGUGAAAGGCUACAGAUGCUUGAAAUGUCGAGAGAAAUGUUUCAGUUUGGCUAUGACAAUUACAUGAAAUAUGCCUUUCCUGAAGACGAACUUAACCCCAUUGAUUGCAAUGGACGAGGCCCAGAUUAUGACAACCCAGAAAAUAUCAACAUUAAUGAUGUACUUGGCGAUUAUGUUUUAACUUUGGUAGAUUCAUUAGAUACUUUAGCAAUUAUGGGAAAUAGUUCUGAAUUCAAAAAGGCGGUGGGAUUAGUGAUAGAAUAUGUAGAUUUCGAUAAAUCAAACACAGUUCAAGUUUUUGAAGCCACAAUCAGAAUUUUAGGAUCAUUGUUAUCAGCACAUCUUAUAAUAGAAGACAAGACAGAACCAUUUGGUGAAAUGCGACCUAAACAUUAUAAUAACGAACUUCUCCAUUUAGCACAUGAUUUGGCUGCAAGGUUAUUGCCUGCAUUUGAUGGUACAGCUACUGGAAUACCAUAUCCUAGGGUAAAUUUACAAGAUGGUGUACCAACAAAUUGUAUCAACGAAACUUGCACUGCUGGUGCAGGAACAUUGAGUCUUGAGUUUGGUGUUUUGUCCAGAUUGCUUGAUGAUCCAGUCUAUGAAUCAAAGGCUCGUAGAGUUGUAAAAGCUUUGUGGAAAUACAGGUCUAAUGUUACAGGCCUUUUUGGUAAUGUAAUAGACAUACAGAGUGGUGAAUGGACUGGUAUAAUGAGUGGACUUGGAGCUGGCUUAGAUUCAUUCUAUGAAUAUUUAUUAAAGUCAUAUAUACUGUUUGGAGAGGAAGAAGAUUUAAAAAUGUUCAACGAAACUUAUGAAACUAUAAAAUAUCAUAUGAGGAGGGGGCGAUUUAAGUGUAAUGAUGGAUCUGGAAAUCCACCUAUUUAUGUGAAUGUAAAUAUGAAAACUGGGGAGACAAUUAAUACCUGGAUAGAUUCAUUACAGGCAGCAUGGUCAGGUGUUCAGGUAUUAAAUGGUGAUAUAGACGAAGCUAUUUGUUGUCAUGCUUUAUAUUAUUCUAUAUGGAGAAAAUAUGGUGCUAUACCUGAACGCUAUAACUGGCAGUCAAAAGCGCCAGACAUUCGAUUUUAUCCUUUACGACCUGAAUUUGUAGAAUCCACGUACUUCCUUUAUCAAGCAACAAAAAACCCAUUUUAUUUUCAUGUUGGCAGGGAUAUCAUCAAUAGCCUUAAUGAACAUACACGAACAGAAUGUGGUUAUGCAACAGUUCACGAUGUAUUUACUAGAGAAUUAGAAGAUAGAAUGGAAAGUUUCUUUUUGUCAGAAACCUGUAAAUAUUUAUAUUUGUUAUUUGAUAAAGAUAAUCAUGUAAAUAAAGAAUCUAGUAGAUAUGUAUUUUCAACAGAAGGACAUAUAUUACCAGUAGAUGGUAGAUUUAGAAAGAGAAAUUCCUGGAAUGAAAACAGCAUAGAAUCAAUACCAGUUGUAGAUGUUAGAACCAACAGAAGUAAUUGUGAUAGCAUACCAACACAAAGUCGUUAUUUUCUGCCAAUGAAAAGCGAGUAUUUAGAACAGAUGGAUCUUGCUGUUGGUCUUGAGGCUUUUGACAGUAAAAUUAAUUCUUGAUAGCCAAUGAUGCCUCUUUGUUAAUCAAAGUCUUUCAUAAUAUCAACAUAUAUAACUACUUCUAAAUACAUAUUGUAAAAAUCUGUCAAGUCUUUAGAUAUUUUCUUUUUAUGAAUAAAUAUUUGCAAAUAGUUGAAGAAGUCAGGAUAAACCAUAUUGAUGACAUAUUUUGGUCACAACCACGAUAGGGAAUUAAUUUAAGGAAAUUUAUUAACAGGAUAUCAUUUUUAGGUUUUCUUACUAUUAACUGACUCUCACAGUGCAUGCAUAAUUUUAAGUUAUAAGAAUUGUAUAAUGGCAUUUAAAUGACCACAUGGUUAAAGUAAAGGUGCCAUGAUGUCAUUUUUCCCCAUAAAAAGGUGAUGGCACAUUAUCUGAACUAGAUGCUGAUUGCUGAUAAAACUCAAACUGAAGAUUUUCUGUUUAUUAUUUCUAUUUAGAAAAUGUUCAUAUGUUGAUAUUAUUAUUUCUUAUGUUUAUUUAUUUGUUUUUUUUUUAAUCUUUUAAGAUGUAUAAAUAUGUACAUGUAACUAAUAAGAUAUAAUAUUCUGAGAAUUCCACUGUUAUUAAAUUUAAACUUCAAUACAACCUCAAUAUUUAUUUAAUAUUAUUGGUAUAUUUGAUUUCAUAGUAUAAUAUGAUUCUGUAUAUUAUAAUGAGGUCUAAUGCAUUCAGAGUAGACUGGUUUAUAUUUGUUAGCAGAUAGAUCUGACAAAUUAUUUAUAUUUAUUCACAUGUAGGUUUCAAUAGGCAAAUCAAAUGCCAAAAGUUACGAAAUAGUCAAUAUUACGGUGGCUGAUUUAGAACACGCAAAAAAAAAAAAUAUCUCGAGCACUCGAGAGACUGAGACUGACAUUUCCUCUUAUCUAGAAGCUCGGGUCUGAUCCAAGGUUAUUUAUUUCAUAUGUAGGCACUGAUCACUGCCUAAUUUACCCUGGUGCUCGAGAUUUUAUUUUUUUUUGUGUGUGUCCUAAAUCAGCCACCGUACAAUAUACCUGAAUAAUACGAUAAUCAUAAAUCUCUAGUGACUAGUUAGUCAUAAUUUUGGGGACAACUAGUUAGUUGGUACCAGCAUUUCCAAUUUCUUUUAAAUCAAGCGAAAUCACUCAGACAUUUUUAUAUAGACAUAUUUAGUGUUCUUGUUAAUAGGCCUACCAUUUCCAUUUGUGUGCUAUUUGAUUGAUCACUUAAAAAUCUGUUAACCAAUUGAAAAAUGAAACAGAAAAUGUUGUUUAAUCUAGUAUGGCUUGCAUUGACUCCCGUUUAGUAGAAAAAGGAAUUGACAGUACGUGAGAAAGCAUAGUGUUAUUAUGCAUGUAAUUUACAUUUAAAUGGCUUCUAAUACUGAUAGGGGAUCACGUGGCUAAGUGGGUAAGACGCUAGCUCGCUAGCCUGGAGGUCGGGUGUUCGAUCCCUGCAAUGGCCGAGAAAGUUCAUCCAGAUUUUCCGGCGUGGUUCUCACUUGUCAGUGAUGCAGGACGGAGGGGCUGACAAGGAAAGCUGUCUAGUCGUUCGGAUGGGACGAAAAACCGAGGUCCCGUGUACACAUUGGCGUGCACGUAAAAGAUCCCUUGGCAGUUGGAAUUCGAUAUAAGAGUAGGCCCUAGUGCCGCUGUCCGGGCAAAAUUUCCCUCAUAGCACACUGUAUGGUGUAUGCCCGUCCUCAUUAGCACAGGUUAGGACCAGAACAGAAGGACGUUAAACUCCAUUUCAUUUCAUUUCACUAAUACUGAUAAAAUAAUAUUAAAUCUGUACUUUAAGGUUUUGGCACGAACUGGACGGACAUGACCAGAAUAUUUUAUAAAAUCAAAACAUCUUUCAAAUGUUAUUGUGUUAUCCUAAGAUAAACAUUGAAUACUUAUAGCAUAGGUAGACAGCACUUUUAGGGAUAUCACCACCCUGGCAAAACAAGGCAUAUCUAAAAGUAAUGCUCACCAUUUGAUACAACAACAAUACCAAUUUUGUUUUUGUUUAUACCACCUCAUGCUUUUUUUUUUUAAGCCUAUAGAAAAUCGCACAAGAUAAUACAAAAGUACAAAAAGCUUGUUAGCGAUGUGGAAUCUCAGUGAUAUGUUUAUCUGAUUCAUGAGGGUUUCAUUGAGUAAAAAGCAAGUGUGCGAUAUUGUUUUCUCUGUGGUUAUUUAUGAUAAAACAUGACUUUAUGAUAAAACAUGACUUUAUGAUAUAACAUCUUAUUUGUAUCUUGAAAGUAUGCUUUGUGUAAUUUGUAUUGUAUCUUGUAACAAAAUAUCUGGAUACACAGUAUCAUAACAGCUCCAAUACUAGCAUUUACAUGUAUAUAUAUUGUCAGAUACUGUAGUUUGCCAUUCCUUCAAUUCAGCAUUAACAACUCUUCCAAUGAAAUUAUUAUGGUUGUCAAAAUGGCAAUAUUGGUUUUAUCCAUUUUGAGACUCAGGACUGUGUUGGGACUUUUUUGAUUCUCCUUUGGGUAGAUUUUAAAACUGUAUAAUCUUUCAGCAAAUGCAUUUUCUCAUACAUUUCUUUUUUAUUAAAUGAUGUUAAAUAAGUAUUAUUAGCAUACUAAAUCCAACAGAGUUAUAUAUAGUUGCUGUUUGAUAUUCAUCAAAAAAUUUUAAGUUGUAUUUACCCAAAUAAAUGAAUUAUACUUUUGAACAUUAAAAUUUAUGAAGAAUGUUCAAUGAACAAUACUGCAUUUCAUAACCAAAUAAUAAAAAUAGAGAAAUGUUUUGCUCAAAAGUAUCUGUUUCCUUCAUAGAGAAUAGGAGUUAAGAAUAUUAUGGCCUCUAUUAUAAUCUGUAGAAAUAAAUAUAAGAAAUUAAAAGCAUAAAUCUUAGGUUUCAAUAUCUUUUGAAUGUGUAAUUUAUUUGAGUUUUUAAUCAGUGAAAUUUAUUUUUAUAUGCAUACAUUUUAUUUUUAUAUUGAAAUGUGAUUGUAUAUUGUUGUUGGUCCGUCUGUCCAAAAUUCCAUGUGGACUCUUUAAGGGCUAUAGUCUAGCAGCUGAAGUCAUCAUCUGAUUGACUGCCACUUUAUACAAGUCAUGAGAUGAAGAAGUCUAUUGAUCUUCAAUGAUUUUCAAUAAUUACAUGCAGAGUUAUGUCCAUUAAUUAAGCUAAAAAAUCUUGUGGUUGUCUCGCAUCAUAUCUUUUCAAAUUUACAGAGAAGAAUGUUAUUGAAAUUUACCAUUUUUCAAUUAAAGAAUGUAUUUUUGUUUUUCUCCACUGAUAUUUUUUACUUUGAAAUCUUAUUAGCAGUUCAAAAAACAGAACCUCCUUUUUUUCUUAAAGAAACAUUGGUGGGUUUCCAGUGGGAAUUACUACCUGUUGAAAUUCAGAGCUUUUCCUACUUUUAUGUUUUGACUUUUAAACCUUUUAAUUACAUGGUACUAUUUAAAUUUUGAUGUGCGAAGAGUUCAUCUUGUAGCUAGCAUGUAAAACUUUUUUACUGGUUUAUAGAUACAGAAUAAGACAAUAAAUCCAUAUACAAAGCCUUCUACACUAGGCUCCACUAACUAUCUAUAGGGUAUUUUCCUGACUUGACCUGAUUAGUUUGGUCACAACUAUUAAUUCAAGGUAAAAUAGUUUCUUCCAUUGGGGUGUAAGGAAACUAGUAAAUUGUUUUAACGUUUCCAAUCUUGCAAAUAUCCAUGGUAUUUUAAAAGAAAAUAUUGUAUGUUCAAAUAGGAUUAUGCUUAAAUCACGUAUCUUUUCCAUGGAAUUACAGAAGUAUUGGCAUUUAGAUUACCUUUGACCAGGCUAUAUUUAGAACAUAGUGUAAAUUGUAAAUGAUAUUGUGUAGAUUGAUAAUUAUUUAAAGAUGGGUUCCCGCGUACAAACUGGGUGAUUUAAUGGUAUAUAUGGACUAAAAACAUAUUCAAACUAAUUAAUUUGUCAUAACUUUGCUUCAAAUCCUUCUCAAACAUUGUAAUUGCGAAGGAAUGUCUGCUAUAAAAAUUCGAUCAAACCAAGUCAGGUUUACGUCACGUGACUUACCUCUCUUGGAAGUCAGAGGAGAAUUCAUUGCAUACAUAAGACGAUGUUAUCUUUAAUCGCUUAUUAUUUAUUACAAAUAUCGAAUCCUAAUUAAAUUUGCGGAUUAUCCACUACCCGCGUCUUUUUCCGUCAUUUUUAUCUAAGAAAAUGUUGUACGUCUAACUCUUCAUAAAGUUUAUCAACUUGUACAUCAAGCGCUCAAUGUUCGCGUGUGACCUUUGACAUCACACAUGCAGAAAUUCCUAAUCGUCGGGCUGUUGAUAAGGGGAACCCUUACAUUUUUGUCCUAUAUACGCUCCAUGAGUGUUUUUCGGGGAAUCCAGUAUUUUUCUAGUAAGAUUGGAUAUCUCUGCUUCCCAUAUAUACCAAAAUUACCAUACUUUUAUUGGAAAUAACCACCCGAUAAAUACUUUUCUGGGAACUCAUCUUUAAUUUCUUCUGAAAAAUUAUAUUCCCUUUAUAGAAUGAUUGUUACUGUUAUCUAUGCAAAUAUUCAUUAGAUUAUCAUUACAAAACAGCCAAAAAACAUUUGUUAUUGUUAUGUUUAGUUGUCAUGAAUGAUUAUGUUUUAUCUUCUUCCGUUAAAAUAAAUUGUUUAUUAACAUAAAAUAAUAAGUGUUUUUGUGUUAAAACUAUCUAACACAACGUCCUGAUUUUUAUCCAAUUAAUUAAACUUAUAUCUAUAUUUCA